CCUGGGGGCGGCGCGCGGGGCCGUGGCGCUUCCGGCAGCGGGAGGCGGCGCCGAACGGGACCGAGCGGCGCGGGUGGCGGCCGGGGAGGCGGAUCUAGGACGAUGUCUGGGGAAGUGCCACCCAACAUUAACAUCAAGGAGCCUCGAUGGGACCAGAGCACGUUCAUUGGCCGAGCCAGUCACUUCUUCACGGUUACUGAUCCCAGAAACAUCCUUUUAACGAACGACCAGCUAGAGAAUGCGAGGAAAGUGGUGCAUGAUUACAGGCAAGGAAUCGUUCCUGCCGGCCUCACGGAAAAUGAGCUAUGGAGAGCGAAGUACGCGUAUGACUCGGCCUUCCAUCCUGACACGGGUGAAAAGAUGACUCUGAUAGGAAGAAUGUCAGCUCAGGUCCCGAUGAACAUGACCAUCACGGGCUGCAUGAUGACCUUCUACCGGACCACACCGGCUGUGCUCUUCUGGCAGUGGAUAAACCAGUCCUUCAAUGCCGUGGUCAACUACACCAACAGAAGCGGUGACGCUCCCCUCACUGUGAAUGAGCUGGGAACGGCUUAUGUUUCUGCAACCACUGGCGCUGUGGCGACAGCCCUUGGACUCAAUGCCUUAACUAAGCGUGUCUCGCCACUGAUAGGACGUUUUGUUCCCUUCGCUGCUGUAGCUGCUGCUAACUGCAUUAACAUCCCACUGAUGAGACAAAGGGAACUCAAGGUUGGUAUUCCUGUCACUGAUGAAAAUGGCACUCGCUUGGGAGAAUCGACCAACGCAGCAAAGCAAGCCAUCACACAGGUGGUCAUCUCCAGAAUCCUCAUGGCAGCCCCAGGCAUGGCCAUCCCGCCAUUUAUCAUGAACACCUUGGAGAAGAAAGCCUUUUUAAAGAGGUUCCCGUGGAUGAGUGCGCCGAUUCAAGUCACGUUGGUUGGCUUUUGUUUGGUGUUCGCCACCCCACUGUGCUGUGCUCUGUUCCCUCAGAAGAGUUCCAUGUCUGUGACAAGCUUGGAGGAUGAGUUGCAAGCCAGCAUCCAAAGGAGUCAUCCUGAAAUACGGCGUGUGUACUUUAACAAGGGCCUGUGAAGCACCGGAGGCAGGAGCCAUCUGUGAGCCUCCCUAAGCCACAGCAGUGAGGAAAUCCGUGUGCCGGGGCACUCCCAGCUACGCAAGCCUCUGCAAGAUCUGCGUUAAGAGUCAAGCUGCUGGUCAGGAGUCUGAGAUUUGAAUCGUGCUAUAAUCUACAAA